GUUAUUUACUCUAUGGUGUUUAUUUUUGUGGUAGUGUAUUGUUUGGGAAUUUUUGAAAGUACCUGAAAUAUAAUUUUGUGUUCAUGGAUAAUAAUUACGUUUUAUCUCAUCAUCGAAUUAGUAACAGUACUUAUGUUUUGAGCUGCUUUAUUUAAGAAUAGUUUUGUGCCGUGCCUAAUAAUUUCAGUUUUAACCCAAUACACGUUUGGCGACGAUGCCUCUGCUGUAAUUAAGUUUUUUUUUCUUUCCAUUUCCGUAUAUUAUUUGUAAUGGAAGAAUACUUUGAAGGAGAAAGAGGAUGGGAUGGCGAUGGUGCUGAUGGAGAAUCGUAUGGUGAAGAUGGUCCAGAAAAUUCUCAAGAGGUGCUUCAAGAAUGUCUAGAAAAAUUCAACACGCCAGACUACAUAAUGGAGCCUGGCAUUUUCACCCAGCUAAAGAGGUAUUUCCAAGCCGGAGGAAAUCCAGAGCAAGUGAUAGAAUUACUGUCAAAAAAUUACUGUGCAAUGGCACAGAUGGCUAAUUUGUUGGCAGACUGGCUGAUUCAAGCUGGAGCAAGCGUACAAGAUGUACAGGCCAUGGUUGAAAAUCAUUUAAAAGAAAUGAUACUAAAGACAUUCGACCCAAAAAAAGCAGAUACAAUACUAUUCACCGAUGAUGGAGAGACUCCAGCAUGGCUGACGGAGAUAGUGGAGCACCCGACGUGGCGAUCCCUCGUGUAUCGCCUGGCCGAGGAGUACCCAGACUGUCUGACUCUCAAUUUCACGAUAAAGUUGAUUUCAGACGCGGGCUACCAGGGGGAGAUAACCAGCAUCUCCACGGCCGCCCAGCAGAUCGAGGUGUUCUCGCGGGUCCUGAAGACGACCAUCUCCGGGUUCCUGCAGAACAACGACGAGUGGGAGAACGGCAUUCAGGAAUGUGCUAAAAUGGUGUGCCACGGCCAGCACACGUACGUGUACAGCCAGGUGCUGCUCCACGUGCUGGCCCAGGAGACCAAGGGCGGGGCCAACAUGAAGCGACUGUCCCAGGAGAUCACCAAGUGCGCUCAGCUCAACCACCACGACGUGACGCCGGUGACGAUGGCCCUGAACGGUGCGGCUCGCUACCCGCAGGCGUGCCAGGCGCUGUCGUCCAUGCUGUCCCGCAACACGCUCAACCCGGCCGACAUCACCGUGCUGUACCGCAACUACUCCAGCACGGAGCCCCCGCCUAUCGACCUGAUCCGCACGCCGCAGUUCCUGGAGCUGCUGGUGGACGCACUGUUCAAGCCGGGCGUGAAGCUGAACCCCGAGCACAAGCCCAAGUACAUCUACCUGCUGGCGUACGCGGCGAGCGUGCACGAGAGCCCGGGCAAGAAGGGGCAGGGCAAGACGCUCUGCAAGGACGAGCUGAAGCAGACGGUGCAGGCCGUCGAGAAGGUGCACACCAUCUGCAACGUCAACAAGGGCUCCACAGAGCUCGUGGCGGAGCUGAGCACCUUGUACCAGUGCAUCAGGUUCCCGGUGGCGAGCGUGGGUGCGGUGCGCUGGGUGGAGAGCACGGUCACCGAGCCCAGCUACUUCAAGCUCAGCACGGAGCACACGCCCGUGCACCUGGCCGUGCUGGACGAGGUGGUGACGUGCCACGCGCUGCUGCACGGCCGCGUGCUGCGCCUGCUGGUGCGGCUGUUCGAGUCCAAGCAGGACGAGCUGGAGAUACUCGUGCAGCUGGAGAUGAGGAAGAUGCUGCUGGACCGCAUGGUGAACCUGCUGAGCAGAGGCUGCGUGGUCCCCGUCGUCAAGUACAUCAAGCAGUGCUGGCAACGCGGGGACACGGACGUCUCCCUCAUUCGCUACUUCGUCACCGAGGUACUGGAAGCUAUUUCUCCCCCGUACACUUCAGAGUUUGUGCAGUUGUUCUUGCCAAUGGUGGAGAACGACGAGAUCACCGGCACAAUGAGAGGCGACGGUGAGAACGAUACAGUUUCAGAAUUUAUAGUGUACUGCAAAGCAAACUACACAACACUGUGAAUUACAACAAAGUGACUUGUAGUGUACUAAAAGGGACAAGAAACAGUGUAAAUAAUUUGAACAGAUGGGGACUCGUCCAAAUGUAAGUAAGUGUCCAAAAACCGGUGUGUAACUAUCUGUACAUUCAUCUAGCAUUCAGAGACUGUGUUUACGUUUGAUACAAACUGGAGGAUAAUGUAUUUUUUAUUUUAAUUAAAGAUGCAAUUUUGAUUAUUAAAAUGAAUAUAUAUUACCAA